AUGCUCCGCCUGGUGUCGGUGAGUGGCGAGCGACUCGCAACGGUACACCUGGAACAGCUCGAGACCUCCAAAGGCUUCGGCCAUGCGGUCAAAGAAGACUUGCAAGAUCGGAUGAGCAUCCCAAGCUUUCGACUGCGAUUACUUCAAAGCGGCAGCGAUAGUGUGAUCCCAGAUGGAAGCUCCUGGGAGCAGCUGGGACAGCCUGAAGAGCUGCAGGUAGUGAUUCUACCUUGUGGUCAAGGAUCGGAACAACAGCUUUUGCAUGCAGCAGACAAAGGCGACCUGACGACGGCCCGGAACCUCCUGGCCCAGCCAGCGGACCCCAACUGCAGCGAUUCUUCGGGUGUCUCGCCCUUGUGCAAGGCGAGCAGCAGGGGCCACCUGAAGGUGGUCCAGCUUUUGCUGAAGGCACAAGCCAAUGUGGAGCAUAAAGACUGCCAUGGAACCACCCCGCUGAUGUUUGCCGCCAAAUUGGGCCACAUAGAGGUGGUGAAGUGUUUGCUGUCUUCUGGUGCCAGCAUGAAUGAGGAGGAUAAGCAGUCGAGAACGGCCUUGGUGUUGGCCUCGUCCGAAGGGCACGCGGAGGUGAUUCGAGCCCUUUGUGAAGCGGGCUGCGACAAAGACGCUCGGGACGAAGAGGGCCGCACCCCGCUGUUGUCAGCGGUGGCUGCGGGGCGCACGGAGGUCGCAAAGGUUCUCCUGGAGCAAAGGGUGAACCAGGAGUUGGUCGAUCACCAUGGUCGGACGCCAUUGCAUGAGGCAGUGCUUGGCUCGCAAACCUUUGGAUUGCUCAAGCAUUUACUUGAAGCUGGAGUGGAUAAGCACCGCACAGAUGACCAAGGACGCACCGCCCUCUACGAGGCUGCGUGUUAUGGUCACAGGCAAGUGGUGAGUUACCUGAUCCAGAAUGGAGCUGAUGUGGAUGCCCGGGACACGGAUGGCAAGAGCUCAUUGUACAUAGCAUGUCAGAUGGGUCACGUGCAGGUGGCCAAAGCUCUGCUGGAUGCCGGUGCAUCCGCCGAGAUCGCCGACCAUGAGGGGUGGACUCCUUUGCAUGCUGUUUGCUGGGCGGGUCACAUUCAACUGGUCCGGAUCCUGAGCCAGGUCUCCUUCAGGGAUUCCGUGGACCAGCAAGGAUGGACCCCACUCUUUGCUGCUUGCAUGGGGGGUCAUGCACAGGUGGUUCGAUCUUUGAUUCAGGCGGGCUGCGACCGGAACCGCCGCGACUCCAUGGGCCGCACGCCGCUGAUGGAAGCCGCGCGGCUCCGCUGGGGCGCCGUGGUCGAGACGCUGUGCCAGGCAAAAGCGCACACUGAUCAGCUUGACCAACAAGGGAGGGCUCCAUUGCAUGUGGCGGUGUGGAGUGGCUCUUUGCACGUGGUCGACCUACUACUGCAAGCAGCGGACAAGAACAGGGCCGAUUCGUGUGGAAGGACGGCCCUCUUCUUGUCGGCCUUCCUGGGGCAUUUGCCAAUCACUCGGCUCCUUUGUGAAGGUGGUGUCAAUAAGCACAAAGCGGACCCGCAUGGGCGAACGCCCUUACACAUUGCCACCAGUGGGGGCCACUUCGCAGUGGUUCGCUAUUUGAUCGAAGCAGGUGCCAAUCGCAACCAAGCCGACCACUUUGGCCGCACGCCGCUCAUGGAGGCUGCGCGUCUGGGGCGUUUGGAGCUGGUGCGCUUGCUCCUGCAGGCGGGCGUCGACAAGUUCAAGGCUGACAACUUUGGCAGGACUGGGCAGUAUGCCAUGGCCUUCGGGGAUGCCGAAGACGUGCGCUUCGAGGAGGUCUCGGAAGUCACGGACCGGUACAAUCCCAAUCAGAAGGUGACGAUCCGGAAGCCCAUUCAGCGAGAGAUUACAGUGGAACCUGACGGCGAAGGUCAUAGCUAUCAGAUCUGUGGCACUUGGUCUGGACGACGGCCCGAGGCGAUGUCCGAAGCAGAGGGCGUGGCUUGGAGCUUCGAACUGACCUUGGGAGAGAACCGCUGGGAAUCGUUUUACCUCAUCCAGGAUCACGAUCCCGAAAGGCGGAUUGUUCCCAACGUGCCCAAAGCCACCAAGGAGGCAGUGCCUGUGGGUCCGCUCGCGGGGCCUAAACACGCGAGGGCGACCAAGUCUGGAAAGUGGAUGUACUGGGGAGACGAAGCGUCCCAGACCGAACAGGCAAACCGCGAGUUGAUUUCACAGGCGAGUUUUGGGCGGAGCCUUGUGCCGAAAGACGAGAACGGCAAGCUUGCCUACUCUGGAUUACAAGACGAUGACUGCCGACUGCCGGAGGCCUUGGUCUGGGUGGAUUGCGAGAUGACUGGCCUGGGUGAAGAGGGUGGGCCGGGCCAACACACCCUUUUAGAGGUGGCCGUGUUGAUCACCAACGAUCAGCUGGAAUUAGUGGCUGAAGGCCCAGAUCUGGUGAUCCACCAGCCGGAUGAAGUUUUGGACGGCAUGAACGACUGGUGCAAGAAGCAGUUUGGCUGGGACGCGCAGGCGAAGUCGGCCACACCCAACCUGCUGGCUGACCAGGUGCGGAGGUCCGCGACGCGGCUGGAAGAGGUGGAUGGAAUCCUUCACGACUUUGUCACCAGGCAUGUGGUGGACGGUGGUGGCAUCCUUGCUGGGAACACUGUGCAUAUGGACAAGCGUUUUCUAGACAAAUAUUGUCCAAAGUUUGUGAGCGCCCUGCACUACCGCAUCGUGGAUGUCAGUACCGUGAAGGAGCUUUGUCGACGUUGGAAUCCUGAGCAUUACCGUAGAGCUCCCAGAAAGAAGGGCUCACACCGAGCAAUGGAGGACAUCCAGGAAAGUUUGAAGGACGGCGGGAAGCACUUCGAUGUCUGCGCAUUGCAUGCCGGCGCCCUCGCAGUUGCGCGCACUCCAAUCCGGUUGCGCUUUCUCGGAACGUACCGUGCUUUCGCCGAUCCGGAGCGGGGUGAACCCGCCGAUCCGGAGAGGGAGUGCUCUGCGCGAUGCGAGCGGAUCAAUGAGUGGCUCUUGGACUGCCGCGCGCGGGUGAAUGUGCCGGAGAACCAGGUUGGCAUGCCAGGUCAGAAGUACCUUGUAACCUUCAGGUGGGAGAAGUUCAAGGAAAUCACCUGGGAAAAGAUGGAGGAGAAGGGUGAGUUUGUCCCAGGCACCUACUAUCUCACUGGCCCCUUCAAUGGCUGGAACUUUGUGGAGAUGGAGAUCGACAGCAGUGGACCACGAAGGAGACGCAAAGGAUGGUUCAGUGCUGAGGUCCAGGUGUCCUCCUUACCCAUGGAGUUCUGCGUGGUUCGAAACCAGGAUUUUCGCCAAGCGAUCUACCCGGAGGUGCCGCCCGGCACAGCGAAGGCUUCGCAGCACUCGGCCAUUUGUGGUCCUGAUGAGGGCGACAACACCUGGCAGAUCGAGGACCUUCGAGGUUCGACCUACAAGAUCUCUUUCUACCGUGAUCCGGAAGACUGUGAGCCUAGCUCAAUGAGGAUUGAUUGGAAAAAGGUAGAGGAGGAGCGCCCAUAUGUAGAGCCCGAAGUCGCUUACUACAUUAACAGCCAGUGCAAUGACUUCAACCACAAGCUUGCGAGUCGAAUGACCUUGGAGGCUGAUGGUGAUCGCAAGCUUUAUGUGGGAGAGGUGAUGAUCCAGGAUUUGCCAUUGGAUCCAAAGAGGCCGACGGAAAGGCAGCCAAUGAUGCGCUUCAACGUGCUGAUUCAUCGAUUGAAGGAUCAUUGCAUUCAUCCAGACCAGGAGAAUUGCACCCAAGAGUCAGAGCAUAUGGUCUUGCUGGACGACGGCAAGAACUGCUGGUGCAUAGGUCCCGAUGAUGCACUCGAAAAGGGCGACCGCUUCACGGUGAGGUUGGUGGUGCAGGGAGACACUCACAAUGUCUCAUGGUCCAAGGUGCCCGUUGAAAGCUGA